UACCUUGCUGAAUAGCUACAAAGAUUACUCUGUACAGUGAAUACGUUGAGGAUUUACGUAUUGUGAUUAGUAUUUUCGAGAGUCUUUGAUAUCCUCUGCUGCCUCUAUAUCCCACAAGUCGCAAUGAUGCUGAUGCAGAAGCGUGCCGUUGCUCAUGGCGUAGGCCAGGGGCGUCCAGCCCUGCCAAAGCUCCUGGUGCCAGCUGCAGGGCCUAUUCGAAGGUCACCGCUGGUGGUUCGCGCUCAGCAGGAGCAUCAGUCAGAGGUUGUAUCGGACAGCAAGCGUAAUUUGCUGCGCAAUGCUGUUGCUGCCGCGGCAGCUUUUAUGCCUGCUUUGGCGGCAAAGGCCGAUGAUGCAGCUGGCGUGGCCUCUUCUCGCAUGUCCUACUCGCGGUUCCUCGAGUACCUGGAGAUGGGCCGCGUGAAGAAGGUUGACUUAUAUGAGAAUGGGACGAUCGCGAUUGUGGAAGCGGUCUCACCUGAGCUGGGCAACCGGGUUCAGCGCGUGCGCGUGCAGCUGCCUGGCACUUCCCCCGAGCUGCUGGCUAAGUUCCGGGAGAAGAAGAUUGAUUUCGCUGCCCACGCGAACACUGAGGACGGUGGCGCGGUGUUCCUCAACCUGCUAGGCAAUCUGGCCUUCCCUCUGCUCCUGGUCGCGGGUCUUUUCCUGCUCUCGCGUCAGAGCCAGGGUGGAAUGGGCGGCCCUGGCAACCCGAACAAUCCGCUGAACUUCGGCAAGAGCCGCGCUCGCUUCCAGAUGGAGGCCAACACGGGGAUUAAUUUCUCGGAUGUGGCGGGCGUGGACGAGGCCAAGCAGGACUUCAUGGAGAUCGUGGAGUUCCUGAAGCGGCCGGAGCGCUUCACUGCUGUGGGCGCUCGCAUCCCGAAGGGCUGUCUUCUGGUGGGUCCCCCGGGUACCGGUAAGACCCUGCUGGCCAAGGCCAUUGCGGGCGAGGCUGGCGUGCCCUUCUUCUCGGUGUCUGGCUCGGAGUUCGUGGAGAUGUUCGUGGGUGUGGGUGCCUCGCGUGUUCGCGACCUGUUCAAGAAGGCCAAGGAGAACGCUCCCUGCCUGGUGUUCAUUGAUGAGAUUGAUGCGGUCGGCCGCUCUCGUGGUACCGGUAUCGGCGGCACCAACGACGAGCGCGAGCAGACCCUGAACCAGAUGCUGACGGAGAUGGACGGCUUCGAGGGCAACACAGGAAUUAUUGUCAUUGCUGCCACCAACCGCGCCGACAUUCUGGACCCUGCGCUGCUGCGUCCCGGCCGCUUCGACCGCCAGGUGACUGUGGACCUGCCCGACCAGAAGGGCCGUCUGGAGAUCCUCAAGGUGCACUCGCGCAACAAGAAGCUUGCGGAGGAUGUGGACCUGACGGAGGUGGCCAUGCGCACUCCGGGCUUUGCGGGUGCCAACCUGAUGAACCUGCUCAAUGAGGCGGCCAUCCUUGCUGGUCGCCGGGGCCUCACGGCGAUCACGAACAAAGAAAUUGAUGAUGCCAUUGACCGCAUCGUGGCGGGCCUGGAAGGCAAGCCGCUGGUGGACGGUAAGGCCAAGGCGCUGGUCGCCUACCACGAGGUUGGCCACGCUAUUUGCGGCACGCUGCAGCCUGGGCACGACCCCGUGCAGAAGGUCACGCUGGUGCCUCGUGGCCAGGCCCGCGGUCUCACGUGGUUCAUCCCCGGCGAGGACCCCACCCUGGUCAGCCGUAGCCAGAUCUUUGCGCGCAUCGUGGGUGCGCUGGGUGGCCGAGCUGCGGAGGAGGUCGUCUUUGGCGACGAGGAGGUGACGAGCGGCGCGGCGGGUGAUCUGCAGCAAGUGUCCGGCAUGGCCCGGCAGAUGGUCAUCAACUACGGCAUGUCGAACAUCGGGCCGUGGUCGCUGAUGGACCCCUCGGCCAUGUCAGGUGACAUGAUCAUGCGGAUGCUGUCUCGCAACAGCAUGAGCGAGAACCUGCAGCAGCGCAUUGACGACCAGGUGCGCACCAUCGCCAACCAGGCCUAUGAGGUUGCACUGAAGCAUAUUUCGGAGAACCGUGAAGCUAUGGACCGCAUAGUUGAGGUCCUGAUGGAGAAGGAGACGCUUACGGGUGACGAGUUCCGCGCCAUGUUGGCCGAGUACACCACCAUCCCUGAGGAGAACAUCAAGGCCGUGGACGCGCAGCGCAAGCCCGCCAUGGCCGCCGCCGCCACUAGCAUGGAGCUGUAAUGACGGAUAGAGUGGAGCAUGUUGAGCUUGUUGGGCUUGAUUGUUCGUUGUACAGACAGUUACGGGGAGGGGGGACGUCGGCCAUUGAGCUAGCUAGCUUGGCGUGAGCAGGGAGGAGAGUGUAACUCUGUUUACGGGUCGGAACGUUGCGUAUGGUGUUCACCUAAUCUUUAAAGUGGUCCACAGGGCUAUUUGAAGUUGGGGACAGAAGUGCUGCAUGUGUGCCUCGGAAAGUUUUUUCGGGAUAUGAGUUGUGGAUGUAGCUGCGGAACGUACAUGUUGACCUCGUCGUGUUUUGGUUUCCCUGGUCUGUAUUUUGGUUGAUGUAUAGCAGCCAAGUUUGAUUUACCCUGUUUCGUUCUCUUGUGUGCAUGUAUGUGUUCUGCACCUUUGUAUCCUCAGGCCCCUACCUGUUGUGACUCCGUUAGUGCAAGCGGCAGAGGGCGCAGUGGAUUGCAUGACUAUUAAGUCGGAGAGCGGAGGAGCGGGGGGGCCUACUACGAGGACGUUAUGGUUGGACUCUGGGAUGAGCUUAGGUUGUAGCUCGGUCCUGUCAUCAAGGAGAUGUGCACGUGUGGUCGCGAACGCAGCUGGUUCUAUAUUUGACGCAGCAAUUGCGGUCGAGAGGAGAGGGUUUCCGCAAGUGCAUUUAUGGCACUGGUGUACUUUUCUGUGCUGUAGCGGCUUGAAACUGAACUGACAUGUGUCAUUCCAACAUCCGGUGUGAUCACACAAGGCUUGGUGUGAUUACACUAGGCUAAUGUUUUGCGACGUGAGCGAUGAAUGUCCUCUUGUAUGUGCGUUGCAACUGUAAAAUGUACAGUGAAGG